UUUUAUCCUGAAACGACAACAAACUAAUCUUCGCUGUUACAUCCGAUAGAUACCUGUUUUUUUGUCAUUUUAAUGAGCGUUUUGUUGCACAACCUCAGCAGGGAGAGAGAAAUGGAAAAUGUGCAUCUGGCUGUGGAGGAGGAGGAUAUUUAUUCGGGUUACAACGACUAUAAUCCAACAUUUGACUCCGAAGAGUUGGAGAAUGAUGUGGGAUUUCAACAAGCAGUAAGGACAAGUCAUGGAAGGAGACCUCCUAUGACUGCUAAAUUUCCUGGCACUGCCAUUGGAGCUCGACCAUUAGCUACUGCAUUUGGAGCUCGGAUCCCUUUGGCCUCUUCAAUGGGCCGACCUAUGACUGGAGCUGUUCAGGAUGGAGCAGCCCGACCAAUGACUGCAGUCAGAGCAGCCGGUUACACCUCCUCCCUGACCCGUGGCUCAACCUUUGACCCUCUGGGCCAGUCCAAAGGCCCUGCUCCUCCACUUGAAGGAAAGAAUGAGGACACGCCUGAGGAGAAGAUCAAGAUCCUGGAGAAGAAAGUGAACGACCUGAUAGAAGAGAGCUGUAUGGCACAGAGCAUUGGAGCCUUACAACUGGCACUUGAAAAAGCCAAAGAGGCGGGGAGGAAGGAGAGAGCUCUGGUGAGACAGAGGGAACAAUCUGGCAAUGCUGAACACAUCAAUCUGGACCUCACCUACUCUGUUUUGCUGAACCUUGCCAACCAGUACGCGAACAAUGAAAUGUAUCCAGAGGCUCUGAACAGCUACCAGGUCAUCGUCAAGAACAAGAUGUUUAGUAACGCAGGACGCCUGAAAGUCAACAUGGCCAACAUCUACGUGAAACAGAAGAGCUACCCCAAAGCCAUCAAGUUCUACCGGAUGGCUCUGGAUCAGAUCUCCAAUGCUCACAAAGAACUGAGAAUCAAGAUCAUGCAGGAUAUCGGCGUGGUUUUUGUCCGCAUGGGCCAAUAUUCAGACGCCAUAACUUCUUUUGAGCACAUCAUGAGCGAGAGCCCCAACAUCAAGACGGGCUUUAAUCUCAUCCUGUGUUACUACGCCAUCGGAGACAGGGAGAGGAUGAAGAAGGCCUUUCAGAAACUCAUCUCUGUUCCUCUGGGCAUCGACGAUGAAGACAAGUACAUCUCAUCUAAUGAUGACAACGACUCAAAUAUGGUCAUCGAAGCCAUAAAGAACGACAAGCUUCACCAGAUGGAGAGAAAUCUCAAAGUCCUGGCUGAGAAGUACAUCAUGACCGCAGCUAAGCUCAUCGCUCCUGCCAUUGAAACAUCUUUUGCUACCGGAUUUGACUGGUGUGUGGACAUAGUGAAGAGUUCUCAGUAUAUCGAGCUCGCCAACGAUCUAGAGAUAAACAAAGCGAUCACCUACCUCAGACAGAAGGACUUCAACCAGGCAGUGGAGACUCUGAAGACAUUUGAGAAGAAGGACAGCAGAGUGAAGAGUGCUGCAGCCACCAACCUGUCCUUCCUCUACUUCCUGGAGAAAGAUUAUGACCAGGCUGACCGAUACGCUGACCUCGCCAUGACGGCUGAUCGCUACAACCCCGCUGCUCUCAUCAACAAAGGAAACACGGUGUUUGUGAAGCAGGACUAUGAAAAGGCUGCAGAGUUCUACAAAGAAGCUUUGAGGAACGAUUCCUCCUGCACCGAGGCCCUCUACAACCUGGGUCUGACCUAUAAGAAACUGAAUCGUCUGGAUGAGGCUCUGGACUGUUUCCUGAAGCUCCAUGCCAUCCUGAGGAACAGCGCUCAGGUCAUGUACCAGCUGGCCAACCUAUAUGAGCUUCUGGAGGACCCCCAGCAGGCGAUCGAGUGGCUGAUUCAGGUCCUGAGUGUGACUCACACCGACCCCCAGGCACUGGCCAAACUGGGAGAGCUCUACGAUAGCGAGGGGGACAAAUCCCAGGCUUUCCAGUACUAUUACGAGUCCUUCAGGUACUACCCCUCCAACAUCGAUGUGAUCGAGUGGCUCGGGGCUUACUACAUCGAGACACAGUUCUGUGAGAAGGCCAUCCAGUUCUUUGAAAGAGCCACACUCAUACAACCAACUCAGGUGAAGUGGCAGCUGAUGGUGGCAAGCUGCUACAGGAGAAGUGGAAACUACCAGAAAGCUCUGGAAACUUAUAAGGACAUUCACCGAAAGUUUCCAGAAAACGUGGAAUGCCUGCGUUUCCUGGUGAGGCUGUGCACAGAUAUGGGACUGAAUGAAGUCCAGGAAUACGCCACCAAGCUGAAGAAAGUGGAGAAGAUGAAGGAGAUCAGAGAGCAGAGGGUGAAGUCAGGGCGAGAGAGCAGCUCCAGAGGUCGCAGAGAGGGCAGCGCCGGGAGUGCAGCAGGCGUCUCCUCGUCUGUCUCCUCUCCUAAGAUGGGUACACUCCUAAGCAACACACUGAGCCCAGUAUACAGAAAGACGGAUGUUAAAGCAGGUGAGAGAAUGAAAGUAUCUCAACCUGAGUCUCAACAAACCAGUCCUCUGCUGGACUCGGGGAGAGACAGCGCCCACAGCAGCAGCACUAAAGGAGAGCGUCUGAGCGCCAAGAUGAGGUCACUUCCUGGAUCCAACGAGCCGUACGAGGCCAGCAGCCCAAAAGAAAUAGAUGCGUCCUACGUGGACCCUCUGGGGCCGCAGAUGGAGAGACCGAAGACGGGAGCCAAGAGACGCGUGGAGGACGACGACUUUGCAGACGAGGAGCUGGGAGACGACUUGCUGCCGGAGUAACUGCUUCUGACUCCACUGAUACCGUGUUGUCAGGACAUUUGGUUCUUUGUCACCUUUUAUGAAAGGACGGAGCACAAAGUAGACCCCUAGACCCAAGCAUUUUAUACUCUGUGAAAUGAAUAUUAUUAGAUAAAGAUGUGACUCUGCUUUUCCACUUCUGAGUUAAGAAGUGAGAUGUCUUUACCUCUUUCAGAUCGCUCAUCUCUGCCUUAAAUCUGCUUGAUAAACAUCCUUUUCUAUCGUCAAUAUUUAUACAUAUUCAUUUGGCAGAGGAAGGUCUGGGUAUAUGAAAUGAAUGGAAACGAGUCUGGCAGUCUGGAAACAUUUUGACAUUUUGUUUUGGCUCUGUACUCCAACAGAAUGAACUUGAGAUGUAAGAAACAAUCCCAAUGCAUUGAAAGUGUUGACGUUUAACUUCAGUUUGACUGUUUACAUUGCUUUCUGACGAAGUGUUUGGAAAUGAUACACCUUUUGGACAUGCUGUACUCCCAGGGGUAAACAAGGUCUUUAUUUUAACCCAGUGUUUGGGCACAGAGCCAAAACAAGGAGUAACAUAUCGCUGUCGAAAUAUUUUCAACUCAAAUGUGUGUUUCCAAGUGUGUGAGCCUGGGAACCUUCUGGAAAAUCCAUCAACAAUUUAUGUAAUCCAUCCAUUUCUGGUCCUCUUUGGUUUUACAUUUUAUACUUAUUCCAAAAAUGUUUAUAUGUAGUAUAAUAUUUAUUUUUGUUUGUUGUUAUAUAAUUUAAAAAAUAAAGUAUUUUGUCUAUUCAAAA